AUGUCGGACUUUGAGGACGAGAUGGAUGUUGAUGCGCCCGUCGCAGACAACUCCAUAAGUUUUGGCGGGGACCAGAAGAAGGGCAAGCGAAGUGCUGCGAACCUGCCUGUAGAAGCCGAGGAUUCACUGCCCUGGGUCGAGAAGUACCGACCAACUUCACUCGACGAUGUGGAGGGCCACAAAGAUAUAAUUGCGACCAUCAACAAGUUUGUUGACUCAAAUCGGUUGCCCCAUCUUCUUCUCUACGGCCCACCAGGAACCGGUAAAACAUCGACAGUCCUUGCCCUUGCACGACGCAUAUACGGAAACAAGAACAUGCGCCAAAUGGUGCUGGAGUUGAAUGCUUCCGACGACAGAGGUAUCGACGUAGUACGAGAACAAAUCAAGACCUUCAGCAGCACGAAGCAGAUCUUCUCAGCCGCACCAAAAGCUGGUGACUCUGCACUGGCUACUUUCAAGCUCAUUAUCCUCGACGAAGCGGAUGCUAUGACUGCGACGGCUCAAAUGGCUCUCCGAAGAAUCAUGGAAAAGUACACGGCAAAUACGAGGUUCUGCAUUAUUGCCAACUACACACACAAGCUCUCGCCGGCACUGCUCUCUCGAUGUACGCGAUUUCGGUUUUCGCCGCUCAAAGAUCAGGACAUCCGAAACCUGGUCGACAAGGUCAUCGAAGACGAGAAGGUCAACAUCACACAAGACGCUGCGAGCUCGCUCGUGACCUUAAGCAAGGGCGACAUGAGGAGAGCAUUGAACGUUUUGCAAGCAUGUCACGCUUCAAGUACGCCACUACAGCCACCUGGAAAGCCAGCGCCAGAUCCGAACACGAUCGAGCGAGACGAAAUCACACAGACUACCAUCUACGACUGCAUCGCUGCGCCACAUCCCUCCGACAUCAAGUUCAUUCUUGAGACUUUGCUGUCAACACAGGACAUGACGCAGUGCUUAAGGACUGUCAACAAUCUCAAGACCAUGAAGGGCUUGGCUUUAGCGGACAUCCUGACAGCCGUCAGUGAAGAGUUAGUGACCAAUGACGUUCCACCCCAGGUCAUGGUCACUUGGAUGUCAGGAUUGGCAGACAUUGAGUACAGAUUGAGCGGCGGUGGUAGUGAAGCAAUCCAGACUGGCGCCGCGAUUGGUAUUGUGAGAACGGGUGUCGAGCUUCUGGAAACUGGGAAGAAGUGAAACAGUCUGGGAAAGAGAGUCCGAGAAACGGACGCGAAGGGAAAGCGUAACGAUCAUAAGAGACGAAUUGUCGUCCAAGCGUAGAAUACGAUACCACUUUUUGGC